ACAAGCAUUACUUCUUACUACAAAUCUAGCAACACAUAUCUUCAUCUUCUUCUGCAAUUUCUUUCAAGUUGUAAUAGCGAUGUCGGCUCUUAAUUUCAAGCUUAGCCUUUUCUUCUUCUUGUCUUGUGUGCUUGGCAUUGUUUCAGCACAGCUGUCUUCAAAUUUUUAUGCCACAUCAUGUCCCUUAGCCCUUACCACCAUUAAAACAGCAGUAACCUCUGCUGUCGCUCAAGAGGCUCGCAUGGGAGCGUCCCUUCUCCGUCUUCACUUCCAUGAUUGCUUCGUUCAAGGAUGUGAUGCGUCUAUCCUUUUAGAUGACACUUCAAGUUUUACAGGCGAGAAGACAGCCUUUCCAAAUGUUAACUCUGUCCGAGGUUACGACGUCAUCGACACCAUUAAAUCCAAGGUCGAGACUUUGUGCCCCGGCUUUGUGUCCUGCGCCGACAUCGUCGCUGUUGCUGCCAGAGACUCUGUUGUUGCUCUUGGUGGGCCCAGUUGGACGGUACCGUUGGGAAGAAGAGAUUCAACUACAGCAAGUUUAAGUUCUGCUAACUCCGACUUGCCGGCUCCAACUUUGGAUCUUAGUGCUCUUAUCACUGCUUUCUCUAACAAAGGUUUCACUGCUAAAGAAAUGGUUGCUCUAUCAGGAUCUCACACAAUAGGGAAAGCACAGUGUACCAACUUUAGAGCGAGAAUUUACAACGAGACCAACAUUGAUUCCUCGUUCGCAACGACGUUACAAGGAAACUGUCCGAGCGCAGGUGGUGACUCCAACCUGGCGAAUCUCGACACGACCACUCCCAACACGUUCGACAACGCUUACUUCAAGAACUUGUUGAGCAAGAAGGGCUUGCUGCACUCUGAUCAACAGCUCUUCAAUGGCGGAUCCACAGAUUCUCAAGUCACUGCUUACAGCAACAACCUUGCGACUUUCAGAGCUGACUUCGCCAAUGCUAUGAUCAAAAUGGGAAAUCUCAGCCCUCUCACAGGAUCCAACGGUCAGAUUAGGACCAAUUGUCGGAAAGUUAAUUAGUUCAGGACCGACUUCAUAUCGAUGGCUACGUUAAAAUCUGGAAUAUUCUCGUCAAGGAAUAAUAGCAGAGAAGUUUAAAGCCAUCAAUUAGAUUUGAUCAAGUUUAUUAUUUUCAGCAAGUGUAAUUGGUUCUAUAUAUAUCGUCUUGAAAUGUGCCGUGUACUAUAUGUAUUAUAUAUCUAUGUAGUGCUCAAAAUUCAAAAGUAGAAUCAAGUUUUAAUUUAUGGA